GGUAGGGUUUUUUUUUCUUUUCUUUUUAGAUUUGCUAGCUAGUAAAUCUGCCAUUGUGAAAAAUGAGAUUUGUCUAUUUGUUAAUAUCACUUUCCACAGCAAAUUUACUCAGCCCUGGCAAGCUGGGAGCCAAAUUAAGCCCUAGAUGGGGAGCUGGGUAGGGAGGUGGAGAGGGCUAUGGGGGAUGAGCCCAGGGCUGGAGCCAGAAGCCCUGCGGCUGUGGCACAGAGCCUGCCACCACAUGGCCAGAGCCUGCCCCGCCCCCCCAGGGCUGAAGCCCAAUGCCCGAGCCCCACCGCCCUGGGAAGGUGGGGAACUCACACUGAUCACCUGCUCCUACAGUGUUUGUGGCUCCAGACGGGGCAGGCACCACUGCUGCUCCCCCCGCCCCCCGCCCACACCCCAUCACCACCCACGAGGUCGUGGCAGCAAGAAAAGCCCCUGGUGGUCACCGUGGGCACAUUUGAGAAACACUGGACGAGUGGCUAUAUUCUAAACCCAAAUUUCACUGCAAACUGCGUAACCUCGUGGCCACCGAACUGCAGCCCCUGUCGGACAUUACCGUGACAGGUAGACCAUGUCUAGCAAAAACAGGUUUGAUAUGCGCCAUCACCCGUUUAGCCCUAGUGUCUUCUCGUAGGGUUAUCUCAGGGAGGUGAGAACUAUAGUCUAGGACAAGAACACCGUUUUCUCCAGCCUGUGUAGACAAAUCCAGGCUUCCUUUGCCCCGGGGGCCAAUCUUUUCCUGUGCCACCAACAGGGGCUCUUUUGCUUGACUUGGCCUGUAUUUUUGGCACAUACAGCAACUCUGGACAGUUUCCUCAACGUCGCGGUUCAUGUGAGGCCGGCAUAGAAGGGCUCUGGCCGUUCUCUGAGGUUUUCCAAUCCCCAACUGAUCUUCAUGACUCCUUUCUAAUGUAUUUUUCUGUAACGCCUUGGGGAUCAUCCUCCUGUGGCUUUAAACAAAAUGCCAUCUAGUGCUGAGAGGUCCCCUUGUAUUGAUAAUAGGGGCUGGGAAUCUGCUCUCCCAGCCACCCUGUGCUAACAGCCUCAGUUACUUUCUGCAGGCUUUCAUCCCGAGCAGGAGCUCUGGCAAUCCCGGUCCGCAUUUUGCCUGAGACCGGACAGGAUUUUUAAAAUUCUGAGCGACGUACAAAAUCUACCUCUGAACUUUGCUCCACCGCACUUGUGUCCAGUGCUCCAGCGAGUGUGUUUGCAAGCAGCCGGCCAGCCAACCAGCCUCUCCCAGGUUUGGGAGCAAUGGGCAAAGGAUACAUCUGGAACCGAACAUCUAGCCUCUGUAUUCUGGGGGGAAGCGGGAGCUGGGAGUGGCAAUGAGUGGCUUAUGGUCAGUUUCAGCUACAGGGUCUUCCCGUAAAUAAAGAUGUGAAACUCUUUUAUGCCCACGGACUAGGCCCAAAGCCUCCUGCUGGAUUUGAGCGUAUUGGCACUCAGUUUUUGUGAGUACCCAUGGCGCACAAGUCACUGGUCUACAGUUGGGACCUUGGUGCUGUAAGAGGACUAUGCCAAUAUCUCCGUGGAGGGGUCCAUGGACAACUUAGUUCUGCAUGUACUGUCCUAGUACCUAGGACUGGGACCUCUUCAAUUCCAUCCAUUUCUCAGACUCUUUAUUACGAUUGGCAGCCCGUGUCUACCUUGUAGCGCUCUCCGGUGGCUGGUUCGAGCAGCUAGCUUAGGCACAAAUUUCUCUCUAUAUUUCCCCAUUCCAAGGAAUCUUUGUACCCCAUCCCCACCCCUUGUCUGUGGCAAAGGGGCAAGCAAGUGAUCUACUCCUACACCUUGGCGUGUGAACGUCUCUCCUGGGUAUGUUAUUUCCAUUACACUGAAUUUACAUUGGUUUGGUUUAGCUUUAGCCCGGCACCUCUGGCUCUCUCCAAAGCUGCUCAAUGCCUCUGGUCAUGCUGUUUACCUAGUGUUUUUCCUUCUCCUUUUUGUACCCUGUUAGGGCUCCCCUGCCCUCCCUCGGUUCUCGCCCUGCAGACAGAAAGCAGAAGGCCAGAGUCCGACGUGCAGGCAAUGCGCUGUUUAGUGGGGUCACCAAGCAAGCAUAUCCAUAGCUCUGUACAUCCGUACGGCAUUUCCUGGCCUCCCUCCUCUUUCUUAGCAGGCUUAAUUGUACCUGCAGUGCCCGCCCCUGGUCCCACCCCUUACAAUUUAUGGCCAUGUUCUGUUUGGAAGGUCGUGAGUCUGGGGGCUUCAGUACCACCUCUUUUGUACCCCAUGGGAGGAGUAGGGAGUGAGGUUGUGUUUCGGCCAGGGUCCCCUUUUCUCUGGCUUUUUACUGUUUCUUAUGGCUCCCCCUCCUGGCUGGUUGCUUGGCCUUGCCUUGAGACAGGAGUCGAGGCCGUCUUCAACUGUGCGCUCAUCUAUUAAACUCCCCCGUGCCCUGCUAUACCUUAACUGUCUUCCUCAUCUCGUCUCCUUGUGCUAGCAACCCCAUCCGGCUGUGGGCAGAUGCAACACCCCGGGUCUUUGUUCUUUGUUCACACGGUAGUAAGGAUAUAAGCAUAUCAAAAGUUAAACAAGCAAACAAAACCCCAAACUCUAUCUCAGGCAAAUACACAGGCCUGAAUGCUAUAUUCCCCUCACUGACAUACCCUCUGAUUCAAAACAUCUCUCUCCUCAUAAGAAUGAAACAGGAGUGCGCUAUACCUCAACUUUCUCUCCAGUUUCAUCGUUCACCUCUCUGCCAGAGAUAACUGAAACACAUCAACUGCUUCCGGACCAGCUCUUGUCAUGACUAUCGCUACCUUCUGAUUGUCUUCCUGUUUGCUGGAUCCCAUUGUUGCCAAUACAGAGGGAAGCGCUGUUUAAAUCACCUCCAGUUUCCCACAAAGUUUUAACUCUGGUGGGACUGUUCAUUGCUCCAUCCUUCCACCCAGCGUCUGUUCUUCGUUCAUUUACUCCUGGUACCGGGUGGUGGUCAGUGAUCACUCGAUGCUCGCCAGGGCUCUGCUCUAUCCUCGGUGUGGUUCCAGCCAGCUGUGCAACACAAUAGGAGCUUCACAGCGUCCCAGUCUGGGAGCUCAGCCCUUAAAGGCACAGCCCCUGACACCACAAUCCUACACCCUGUGUUAUACAGGAAGUCAGACUAGAAACUAUGAGUCCGAGUGGAAUUUAUCUCCGAGCAACUGACACUUCUACUAUUAUAGUAUUAUGGGUGUGUCACUUUCAGUAAGUCAGAUGACAAAGGUCCCUCUGGCACAGAUAACCAGCGUACUCCCCCGGCAACCCCACACACACACACACACACAUACACACCACCACACAGCUCAGCUACGAGCAGGAAACAGCUACAGCCAAGAGAGGAAGCACCGACAGGAAGUGCUGAGCUGAACUGCAAGAGUUUCCCCAGUGACUGAGGAGGGCUCAGCCCUGCCAGGAGCCACCUGGGCCCCGCGGGGAUGGCUGGCGCAUGCCAGGGUGGGGCCCGAGGGCCAGGAGAAAUGGAAGAGGAACAGGCUGAGUCUCGUACAGUCGCCCAGGAGUUUCUGAACUGGUUCUUACGGCGCCAUGUGUAUCCCGAGCAAAGGGAACACCGGAGAAGGGAGCGGGAGUGCCAGCGGGUGCAAGCUCUGGUCAGCAGGAUCAUGGCUCGGGUGCAUCAGUGGAAUACGCUGUUGUUCACGGGGGAAGCCAUCCUGGUGGGCAGUCAAGCCCAGGACCUCCACGUCCGGGCAGAGUCCAGCAGCAGCGACUACGACUUCCUGGCCCCCAUCCAGUACAACACGAACGUGAUCCUGCUGGGUACCCUGUACAGCGCGCCGUGCACAGAGCUCCACUUCCUGCCUUCCUGGCUGAGCCUGAAGUCUGGCGUGCCGGUGUACCGCUGGGAGAACAAGCUGGUGGUGGAUUACAACAAGGUGACACUAAGAAAGAUCUUGGAUGAGAAGAAUGUAGACUGGGGCAGGAAGGAUCUAGGCUUGGACCUCACGGAGGAAGACAUCAAAGAAAUAAAUGGCCGACAGAAGGAUCUUUGGAGGGGCGGCAUCGAUCCAUUUCUGGUAGCUCGAAAGUUCCAUGAAUUUGUCGAGAAUGCUCUGGCUGAGGAGAGAAGCAGCCCUGCUCCCGGAAUUAAUCUGCAAAGCUUUUAUCUCUGUCUGCUUUUGACUCCCACUCCGCUGUCUUGCCCUCUCCAAGGCAACGUUAGACUGAGCGACUUUGCAAAAUGCUCUGCCGUGCAGCUCAGCCUGGAGGUGGACGGCCAAGCUGUGUCUAUAGACCUGGUACCCACCAUCCGGAAUAAAGUGGACAUGUCCAUGGAUUGGCCAAGGCAGGAUCUCAGGUGGCUUUCUGAAUGGUGGGACCAGGAGCAAGACACUGAGCGGAUCAAACCCACCUGGAAUAUCAUGGAAAUUUACAAAACUGGGGCCGAUCUGGUGGCCAAGAAUCUGUACUGGAGGCUCUCCUACUCCCUGGCUGAGACCCGACUCCUCAGGGACAUUGACCUCGAUGGUGCUGGGUGGAGGCGGGAGGCGCUGCAGCUGCUGAAGCAAAUCAACAUGGAGAAGUGGGUACCGCACUAUGGCAAAGUCCUGACCUCCUACCACCUGAAGGUGCCCAUGUGCCCCAGAUGCCUUUGUUGGGAGAAUUUUGGUAGCGGUGCCCAUUCCGCCCAAACACGACCUCCAGACAUCCUCGUGCCCCAUACCGAGGAUAUAGAGAGAUUUUCCUGACGUGAGGGUUUCCAGAAGUGGACUUCUUUCCGACCACCACCAACAGAAAGUGUAAGAAAAUCUGUUCGAGAGGAGGUCUGGGUUAUCAAUCCUUGGGAGAUGCCUUCCUCAUUCCUUGGACAAGAGCUCUUCUUCAUGCAUAUCCUCUGACACCAUUGAUUCGGAACAAGAUCAAACGAGACAGAGACGGAGUCACUCUAGCUGCACCAACUCGCUCGAGCCAGGUCUGGUUCUCUGACCUGAUUCAUCUCACUUCCUAUCCAGCCGCAGCUUCUGGUCGUUUCCUGUCUGUUGCCCCAGGACUCCAGUUGGUCUCUCCACUUCAACAUGGCCAUCCAUGGUUCCUCAAUGGUUCUCGGGGAUAGAGGUUUCCUGCUCAGCAGAUAUAAAACAGAUACAAUGAUCUCUACUAGAAAUACUUACCUUCAGAAAUGGAAGAGAUUUUACCAUUGGGGUCCCCAGUGACAGUUUUCACCUGUUCAUUCUUCCCUCUCCGAUGUUCUUAAUUAUCUGAUGGAUUUUGAGAAAUCAGGUCUUUCUAUGAGUUCCAUCAGAGUUCGUUUCGUGGCUAUUACAGCCUUUCAUUCCCCUGUGCAAGGACUUUCAGUCUUUGGUCCAAGAGGUGAAUCUAGCUAAAUCGCUCAGUAAUAGUGACCACAAUGCAAUUAAAUUUAGCAUCCUUGUAGGGGGGGAUAAUUAACCCCCCCACACACACACACUGUAAUAUUUAACUUUAAUGAGAAGCAAUUUGCUAAAGAUUGUGACGGGCUUGUACCAACCCUGCGCUGGAGAGGUGAGGGUUAACAAACUGCUCUGGGCCCAAGAAGCCACGCCCCCUCGCCCCUACUGGGCAUGCUCCCAGUGGCAGGAGCGUUGAAAAGGGAGCCGCUCGGCUCAGGCUGGGCUGACGGAGGAGGAGGGCGGUUGUGGGCAAGAGCCUCCUGCCGGGAAGCCUCCGGGGCUCCAAGCCGCCGGGGUCGAGCCGCCUAGCUGCAGCGCGGGAAGCCAGCCGGCUGCGGGAGCCGAGAGGGACGACUUGCUGUUCCCAGCGAAGGAGUUGCCGGACACAGAGCAGGGCGAACACAAGAAGGACCCCACGUCCAACCCCCGGAGAUGCCGCUGGAGGGACGAGGGUAGAAAGCGACGCAGGGAAAGCGCUCUGGGGUAUCAGGACAUGAACCCUGUGUCAGGGUCCCUUGUUUUGAAGGGCCCUAGGUCAGAACUUGGUCGAGUAGGGUGGGCCUGGGUUCCCCUACCAUCCCCACACUUGCCACUAGGCAAUACUCCCCCUCUGCUAUUGCUGCUAGGCAAAGCGACCCCUGGGACCGCCACUGGUGGAUGUUAUAUCCUGGAGCGUCACCAUUAGGUGGCACUAUCCGUCCGAAGCCCCCAGCCAGCCCCCCGACAAAGAUACAGAAACUAACAGUACAAAUUUCUUUCAAUACAUCAGAAGCAGGAAGCCUCUCAAAGAACCAGUGGGACCACUGGACGAUGAGGGGCUAAAGAAGCCCUCAAGGAAGACAAGGCUGUUGUAGAGAAGCUAAAUGAAUUCUUUGCAUCCGUCCUUACUGCAGAAGAUGUGAGGGAGAUUCCCACAUCAGAACUGUCCUUUUUGGGCACCAGAUCAGAAGUACUGACCCACACUGAUGUGUUAAUAGAGGAGGUUUUAGAACAAGUGGCUAAACUAAACAGUAAUAAGUCCCCAGGACCAGAUGGGAUCCACCCAAAAGUUCAGAAGGAACUCAAAUAUGAAAUUGCAGAACUACUAACUGUGGUAUGUAGCCUAUCGCUUAAAUCAGCCGCUGUACCAGAUGACUGGAAGAUGACCAAGCUAACGCCAGUUUUAGAAAAGGGUGCCAGAGGUGAUCCUGGCAAUUACAGGCCGGUAAGCCUGACUUCCGUACCAGGCGGCUUGGUAGAAACUACAGUAAAGAACAGAAUUAUCAGACACAUAAGCAUGAUUUGUUGGGGAAGAGUCAACUUGGCUUUUGUAAAGGGAAAUCAUGCCCCACCAAUCUGUUAGAAUUCUUUGAAGGUGUCAACAAACAAGUGGACAAGGGGGAUCCAGUGGAUACAGUGUACUUGGAUUUUCAGAAAGCCUUUGACAAGUUCCCUCACCACAGGCUCUUAAGCAAAGUAAGCUGUCAUGGGAUAAGAGGGAAGGUCCUCUCAUGGAUCAGUAACUGGCUGAAAGAUAGGGCUGGAAUAAAUGGUCAGCUUUCACAAUGGAGAGAGGGAAACAAUGGGCUCCCCAAGGAUCUGUACUGGGACCUGUGCUGCUCAACAUACUCAUUAAUGAUCUGGAAAAGGGGGUGAACAGUAAAGUGGCAAAAUUAUUCAGGAUAAUUAAGUCCAAAGCUGGCUGCAAAGCGUUACAGGGGGUGUCACAAAACCGGGUGACGUAUCAGUAUUGAUAAGUGCAAAGUAAUGCACAUUGGAAAACAUAAUCCCAACAUAACAAUACAUAACAAUGGGUUCUCAAUUCGCUAUUUCCACUCGAGAGAGAGAUUUUGGUCACUGUGGAUAGUCCUCUGAAAACUUCCACUCAGUGCGCAGCAGCAGUCAAACGGGCUAACCGUGUGUUAGAAACUAUUAGGAGAGGGAUAGAAAACGAGACAGAAAAUGUUUCAUCUUGUGGGACGUCACGGUAGAGACGGAAUGGAGGGCGGUUCGUCCGCUCGCCUCUAGGGCUCGCGGUGUGGGACACACGGGUGUGUGGAGCUCACGCACAACGCAGGUGCUGCUACCAAAAAAUCUCUGCUGGACGGCGCAGGGGUGUGCGCACCUGAAGGGCAGCAUCCGUCGGGGCCCGGUUCUGGGAGAACUCCAGCUGCUACGCGAGGUGAGUAACUUCUCCUUCUCUCGCAGAUGGUCCUGUUUUGGGCUUCUGACCUCAACCCAGAGCCCGAGAACUGGACCACGGUGCUGGAUGCUCUGGGGACCCUGCUGAAGGUGCUGGAGUUCAGCCUGGAGAAGAAACAGCUGCCCAGCUACUUCCUGCCUUCGAUGAAUUUCUUCGACUGGCACCGGAGUGAGGAAGAGAAUUCCCUGAAAAACCGGGUGCUGGAGGUGCUCAGACUGGAGGUGAGGCUGAUGAGAUGCAGCCCAGAACAGUACCUCCAGCUGAGCUACGACCUGGCCAAGCCCCAAGGCCCGGGACCCUUCAUCCAACGGGAGCGGGAGCUGGACGAGUUUAGAAGGAAGCAUCAGAAACUCUUUGAAGAGUUCAAAAACCUGAAGGAAGAAAAACAGCCGGGACAGGGAGCUGCGAGUAUCUUCUUCGCCCAACACAGACACUUGGGCUCGUGUCUGCAGUUGAAUAUUCUACGCCAGGGGUUCUGAAACUGGGGGUUGGGACCCCUCAGGAGGCCGUGAGAUUAUUACAUGGCGGGGUCAAGAGCUGUCAGCCUCCACCCCAAACCUCGCUUUGCCUCCAGCAUUUAUAAUGGUGGUAAAUAUAUGAAAAAGUGUUUUUCAUGUAUAAGGGGGGUCGCACUCAGAGGCUUGCUGUGUGAAAGGGGUCACCAGGACAAAAGUCUGAGAACCCCUGUUCUACGCUAACUUCACUUGGCUUUGGAUUUACCCUGGGGGAACAGAGUCUGCUUAAAAACCAUGAGACUUUAUUAAAAAAACCAAUGUUUUUAAACAAUAA